AUGCUUAGUCUUCGCCACCACCACCUAUCCUCUUCCAUCCUAGUCAUCCUUGUGUUCUGCCUCAGAGUUAAUCUUGUCUUCGGCGGCAAGUGUGCACUGGAUUACAACAGUGCAGACAUCACUGGUACCUGUUACCGAAUCAUACCAACGCCCAAGGAUUUCUGUUCUGCCGCGAAUUACUGUCUGGAAGAGAGCCGGCGUCUGAAGCAUCGCGUCUCCCUGCCCGUGGUGGGUAUCACGGGUCUGCUUUUCAGUUUCAACCGCCCUACCCAGUCCUGGCUCGGAGCUGCUACGGUGGCCACCACAACCACCACUACGGGGGAGGGGGGAGUCUCUCCCAAUCUCUCUGUUCAACUAAUUUUUCCUCGAGCACGCGGCACCCCCCUGCCCGGUCACAUAGCGAAACAGCUACCUGCUACAUCGUCGGCGGUAGGCCAGUGCCUGGUGGGCGAUGACGCCCUCCGCUUCCAGCUGGUGGACUGUGGCGUCCAGCUGCCCUUC